AUGGCUAUGUGGAUGCUCCAACAGGGUCUCUGCUUAGUGUUGAUGUUUAGACUGAUCACCCAGCAGGUCUAUGGGGCCAAAAUUCCCUACUGUUAUCCUAUUGGAAAACAAGUGUACAAGGAGGGCAAAUGUGUGGACUGUCCCAAGUGUGCUCCAGGCCAGUUCCUUAACAAAACAAAGGUAUUUACAAAUACUUUGUAUGGCAGUAUGCAGUGUUAUCCUUGUUCUCCAUGUCCUAAUGGUACCUACAGCAAUGAUGAAAAAAGAGACUAUUUUAAUGGAUACAAAUGCUUCAUCCACAAGGAUUGUGGAAGGCGUGGACAUGUCAUAAAAACUCCAGGCACUGAUGUCACAGACACUGUCUGUGGGGAGUGUAUUGAUGGGUACAUCUCAGAAGACUGGCCAACAAUGUACGGAAGUUCCUACUGCUAUCCUUGUUCAGACAAAGACAAAGACAAGAAAGUUUGUCGUAAUGUCAUUAUCACUCCAGACCUCAAGCCGACCUAUCAACCGCCUGAAGAGUUGGGAACAGAUGAAACAGUCACUAUUAUAAUUGCAACUACUCUUGGGGUCAUUGUGCUGAUCAUCCUAGGCAUUAUCGCUGCCUGCUGGUACAGGGAAAAUAAAAAUAAACAACAUGAGAAUCCUGAUGCUCAAAAAGGACUUCUGACUGAAGUCUUACUAGAUAACUAUCUUACAGUGACUGAAGUUUUACUAGAUAACUGUCUUACAGUGACUGGAGACUUACUAGAUAACUAUACUUCACUAGGCUUAGACUGCCUAACAAAAGAAGAGGAACAGAAAGCCUUGUCUAUACGUCUGCAGAAUGACGAUUGUUAUGUCCAAUGUAUUGGAGAUACAGACAGAUAUCCUAACCAGAAGAGCUUAAGAAGUUUGGCAUUCUCUCUGGGUCUACAACAAACACAGAUUGAUGAGAUGGAGGAGAAUGGUGAACACCUCAUCUUCUACCUCAAUAAGUUUAUACAAUGCAAAGGAAAAAAUGCCACUCUGCUGGUCCUCUGUAAGGCUCUUAGAAAGCAUGAUGGGUUUAAAACAGGAUUGGACAAUGUAGUUAACAAAUUCAGGAGGAAUAUCUCCCAGGAUGUAGACUCUUCUUGUACUAAAACAGAGGGGACAGCAGCAGAGCUCAAUAAAGAUCAAGAUCGUGACAUUCCAACUGACACUACAGGAAAUAGGGCAGAUGGAUGCUAAGAUCUGAUCAUUUGGAAGGAUGUGAUAGCCCAAGGGCAGGGUUCUUACACCAUACACCUGUCAGAAACAAUUGAGACGAUUUAUCGUAGUUAUGGUAUUGCAUCAGCCAUGAAACCACAUAUGACUAUUUGAAAUGUCCUAGUCCAUCCUAAAGACAAGACACCCAAAGAGAAUAAUGCACAACACAUAUACAAAGUUGGAUGCAUUUUAUUGAUUUGGCUGACACAAAGAAAAUGUUCUGAAGUAUUUUAUGAUCAUAUCAAAGCACUUUGCAUUUGUCUCUUGAACAAAAUAUGUUAUAUAUCAUACACCUUGUUUUGUACUCUCGGUGGUUUGGGAGUUAGUGAAGAUAGUUUGUUCAAAGCUUGAAUAGUGCAAUAAAUGGUAGUCUGUUGCUCCCAUUGAAAACUAGGAAUACAUUGUACUACAUUUAGUUGCUACCACGCUGCCAUGGAAACCAGGAAAUGGAGCAUAUUUUGUUUCUACCAUACUGCCAUGGAAACCAGGAAAUGGAGCAUAUUUUGUUGCUACCAUACUGCCAUGGAAACCAGGAAAUGGAGCAUAUUUUGUUUCUACCAUACUGCCAUGGAAACCAGGAAAUGGA